CUCCACCCCUAGUAGUCGCCUGCUAGUCCCUCUUGGCUUCCCUUCCACACGAUCCUGAGGGAGCGAGCAGAGCAGCACGUGCACGUCAAACCUUACCAGUUACCGCCGCCGCCGUCGAGCCCGCCCGCCCGUGGGCACACCAUUUUCGGCGGGCGGCUACCUUGCCUUGAGACGCCCGCCGCCGCAGGCCGCAGCAGCACGAGGGGAGGGGAACAAGGGGCGGCGGGGAGCGCUCCGCUCGAGCGAACCACCACCACACUACUCCGACUCCGAGUCUCCUCCCUCCCCUACGAGGCUACGACGACGGGCGCGUAAGGCGGCGGCCGGCGGCGCGCGCACGCAGCCAUGUCCGCGCACCUCCGCCUACUCUCGGCCGCCCACCGCCCACCCGCCCCCGUCUCCGCGCCCGCGCCCGCCUCCCACCACCGCCUCCGCUUCCGCCUCCCUCCUCCUCCCGGGACCCGCCUCCGGCUGCUGCUGCGGCCGCCGCGGCUCGGGGGGAGCCAGGCGCGCUUCGCCCGCGCCGUUCGCUGUGCCGCGGAGGCCUCGGCGGUCGCGCGGGCUGCCGAGGACGGCGGCGACGGCGGCGAAGAGGCGGCGGGGGCGGGGAUAUGGGAGCAGGUGCGGGACAUCGUCGUGUUCGCCGGCCCCGCGCUGGGGCUCUGGAUCUGCGGCCCGCUCAUGAGCCUCAUCGACACCAUGGUCAUCGGCCAGACCUCCGCGCUUCAGCUCGCCGCGCUAGGGCCUGGGACAGUGUUCUGCGACUACCUAAGCUACAUAUUCAUGUUCCUUUCGGUCGCAACAUCGAACAUGGUGGCCACCUCCUUAGCCAAAAAGGAUGAAGAACUUGCACAACAUCAAGUGUCUAUGUUACUGUUUCUUGCUCUUGCUUGUGGCAUAGGAAUGUUUUUGUUCACCAAGGUGUUUGGUACUCAAGUAUUGACUGCUUUUACUGGAUCUGGGAAUUAUGAACUUAUUUCUUCGGCCAAUACAUAUGCACAGAUAAGGGGUUUCGCAUGGCCUGCAGUUCUUGUUGGCUUAGUUGCUCAAAGUGCUAGUCUGGGCAUGAAGGAUUCUUGGGGUCCUUUGAAGGCGUUGGCAGCUGCUAGUGUUAUAAAUGGUGUUGGCGAUAUAUUUCUUUGCUCUGUUUGUGGCUAUGGAAUUGCUGGUGCUGCCUGGGCAACUAUGGUUUCACAGGUUGUUGCAGCUUUCAUGAUGAUGCAAAAUCUAAGCAAUAAGGGUUUUCGAGCUUUCUCAUUUACGAUCCCAUCAGUAAGAGAGCUGUUGCAGAUAUUUGAAAUUGCAGCUCCUGUUUUUGUGACAAUGACGUCCAAGGUAGCAUUCUAUGCGUUGCUCACAUAUUCUGCGACUUCUAUGGGAGCAAUAACUCUUGCAGCCCAUCAGGUUAUGAUCAAUGUCUUGUGCAUGUGUACUGUUUGGGGCGAGCCUCUGUCUCAAACUGCACAGUCAUUCAUGCCUGAGCUGAUAUAUGGUGCUAAUCAGAAUUUGACCAAGGCAAGGAUGCUAUUGAAGUCACUUGUGAUCAUUGGUGCGAUAACUGGAUUGACUUUGGGGGCAGUAGGGACACUUGUUCCAUGGCUUUUCCCCAGUGUCUUUACCAAUGACCAAAUGGUCAUCCAGCAGAUGCACCGAGUACUGGCUCCGUAUUUCAGUGUAUUGGUGGUGACUCCUUCAAUACACUCCCUCGAGGGAACACUAUUGGCUGGAAGGGAUUUGAGAUAUUUGAGUCAAUCAAUGGGUGUCUGCUUUUCCAUUGGAACAGUUCUCUUGAUGCUUCUCCGCAACAAAGGUAGCCUGCCAGGAUGCUGGUGGGUACUCGUCUUGUUUCAGUGGAGUCGGUUCGGAAGUGCUUUACUACGACUUAUUUCUCCAACGGGCAUGCUGUUCAACAAAAACUUCAACCAGGCUGAGUACGUCGAGGCAAAAGCCACGUGAAGAUGUCAUCAGAUGAGGUUUGAUAAUAAUGAAUGAAGAUGUAAAAAGGAACCACAAAAACCUGCAAAGAUGAAGAUUUCGAAGGAGUCACAAAACCCUGGAAAGAUCAUUCUGCAGUCAGUUUCGUACAGAAGUUGUCCAGUCGGCCUAAUCUCUAUGCCUCUGUUAGGGGAAUGUGCAGGAGCAGGGAGUUGGAUACUCCUACUAGCUAAGUAGCUAGGGAAUCAGGGCUACACUACACAAGAUCAUGUUACGUAGGGUGUUAGCUUUCCUUUGUCCUAGGAAUUAUACCUCACAGAUUCCUGGAAGCGAGAAUGGUAGUUAGUGGCCACGCUUUCCAACACUUCGCACCCGUAGAAUGAAGUAAGCGAGCGUUUGCAGAGUGCUCAAUUUCUUUCUUGUUAGUAACUGUUAGUAAGAAUUACGAGAAGGUUAAUGCUAUUAUUGAAGCUGUCCAGAAAACAUGGAAAGUGGGAUCGCAAAAAUGUUGAUCCAGUACAACUGUACGAGCCAGCUUCGUGAUUUUGCUUCUUUUUCCCAAGGUGUUCAAAGCAUACAGCGUGCAAGUGCUGAAGUGACGGCGACGGUGAACUGUAGCUGCCUGCACAAUUCUUGUGGCAACUAAAAUGCACCUGAUACAAUUUCUAGUACUUUCCUAACUGCAACGAGAUAUCAUUUUACUCAGCAUAA